AGUGAUGAGACACCUUCCUACUGUAACUCACCUGACUGGCACGUGACUAAACAUGUGGAUGACUACUGCAUACGUCAUCAUACUGUUAGUUGAGAUGAUGACGAUUACAACGUCAGAAAACACAACCCUCUCCUCUACCUCUACUUCCACCUCCAACUCCACCUCUACUUCUACCUCCAGCCCAGAGAGUGUGGACGUGGAGUGCAAGGAUCGCUCCUACCUGGACAACUGUCUCAAGAAGUUGCCUCCCAUCCUGGAGAAGUCUGAGAUGAAGGGGAUCCCCAGCUCCAAGACUGACGUCGACGCGUCCUGCAGUGCGUUCAAGAUAGGCAUGGGAUGCAUGGAUACGUUUGCAAACACUUGUCUUUCAACAACAGACAAACAGACAUUAGACGCUCAUGUCGCUGGUGCCAGACACACGUUCAAGUUCCUCUGUGACGACCCUGUCUUCCAGUCUGAAUACUUGCAGUACACAUCUUGCUACAAGGCCAUCAGCAAGGACUGGGACAACUGCGCCAACAGGUUCGUCAGUCUUGUCAGAGAGGAGGUGGCGAGGAAGAGCUACACCAUGGAGUCUAGACUGCUGGAGCUCUGCUGUGCAAGACACGGGUUCCUCAAGUGCGUGUACGUAGCUGCUCGGCUCAAGUGCAAGAAAGAGGAGGCUCUGUUCAUCAAGAAGAUCGCUGACACGUUGUCUAACAUGCGUGUGUACUCCAAGCACUGUCGCAACGUGGACGUGGCGUUCUGUGGAUCAGCUGAUCGUCCACUCCUGUCAGCGCUGCCUCUACUGCUGCUCUGGACAUUGGCCUUGGUCAAGUGA